UAACAGAAGCAAACAGAAUUCACUUCGAGCGUGAUGGAGCUGUAGAGAGAGAAAGACAAAGUGAAAGAUCUGAAAACAAAAGUAAAUGGGGAGAGUGAGAUGUGAGAGAAGCUUAAAGCAAUGUUUUCUUUUGUGACCACCAAAUUUUGUUUUCAUUUUCCGUUUCCUUUUGCCUUACGCAGUCAAGAUGCUUGUUGAUGAAUUUCUCAGUUGAAGGAGGCAGCUGUUUUUUCUGGAAUUAUUGGAGAGUUAAACUUUUCGGUUCAAGGGAAACUACACUCAAUUCUGACUUUUACUCUUGAAUUGAAUGCUCGCAGAAUUUUUGUUGAGUUUUUUUUUUCUUCCAUACCGAAUCUGUUUUAUCUGAGCCUUGGAUUGCUAUUCGGUGGAAAAUCUGCAACUAGGCAGCAUCACAUUGAAGGAUGGCCAAAUUGUCGCAUUCGGAUUCCAGACGAAUGUAUUCAUGGUGGUGGGAUAGCCAUAUCAGCCCCAAAAAUUCAAAAUGGCUCCAGGAGAAUCUCACAGAUAUGGAUGUCAAAGUUAAAUCAAUGAUAAAGCUUCUUGAAGCGGAAGAGGACUCCUUUGCGAGGAGAGCAGAGAUGUACUACAAGAAAAGACCAGAGCUUAUGAAAAUGGUUGAGGAGUUUUACAGAGCCUAUCGUGCAUUGGCUGAAAGAUAUGAUCACGCGACUGGUGUGAUUAGACAUGCCCAUCGAACUAUGACUGAAGCUCAAGUUCCUAUGGUGUUUGCUGAUGAUUCACCUGCUAGUUCUCUUUCUGGAGCUGAUCCUAGAACACCAGAUUCGAUUGGUGGGCUCACUGAUGAUUCUGAUAAUGGGACUAGAAAAAGAACUUCAAAACCAUUCGUUGGUUCAUUCAGGCCAAUUGAGCGGGUGAGGAGAGGUCUGAAUUUUGACGAGGCGGAUGAUAAAGUUGAAGGCGUGUUUAGCAAUGAGAACAACCAUGUUGAUGAUAAAAGUUCAUUAAACUUGGAACGGCAAAGUGAUUCUAACGAGAUUAUAGCAUUGAAGGAAGCCAUUGCCAAACUGGAAGCCGAAAAAGAAGCUAGCAUUGUUCAGCAUCAGCAAGCUUUAGAUAAACUGUCACAACUUGAGACUGAAAUCUCCAGAACCAGGGAGGAUUUCAGUACGCUUAAAGAUCAUGCAAAUAAGGCUGAUACUGAAGUUGCUGUGCUAAACAGGGCUCUGGCGACAUUAGAAGCUGAAAAGGAAUCUAAGUUUCAAGACUACCAAAACUGCUUGGACAAGAUAUCUGAGCUACAAACUACUGUAUCUACGACACAAGAUGAUGCCCAGAAACUUAGUGAAAGAGCUAAGAAUGCUGAAGUUGAAGCACAAUCGUUGAAAAGUGAUCUGGAUAUAUUAGCUGUCAAGAAGGAUGCUGCUCUCAAUCAGUACAUGGAAUCGCUGGAGAUAAUAUCAAACAUGGAGAAUAAAUUACGACUUGCUGAAGAAAAUUCUUCAGGGUUUAAAGUGAGAGCUGAAAAAGCAGAAAGUGAAGUGGAAAGUCUAAGACAAGCGAUCUCCAAAUUGACCGAGGAAAAGGAAAGUACAGCUCUGCAGUACCAGCAGUGCUUGGAGACAAUUUCAAGUCUGGAGCAGAAACUCACAUUGGCCAACGAGGAGGCUAAGCGCCUCAAUGGGGAGAUAGAAAAUGGAGUGUCCAAGUUAAAAGGUGCUGAGGAACAAUGUCUGAUCUUGGAAAGAUCGAACCAGUCUCUUCACUCUGAGUUGGAAUCUUUGAUGUUGAAGAUGGGAACUCAAUCUCAAGAGCUUACUGAGAAGCAGAAGGAACUGGGAAGACUUUGGGCUGCCGUACAAGAAGAACGAUUGCGCUUUGUAGAUGCUGAAACUGCAUUCCAGACUUUACAGCAUUUGCAUGCACAAACUCAGGAGGAGCUCCGAGCUAUGGCUUCUGAGCUGCAGAAUCGGGCUCAACUCUUGAAGGUUGCCGAGACCCAAAAUCACAGUUUGCAAGAUGAAGUUGUAAAGGUUAAGCAGGAGAACAAGCAUCUUAAUGAGCUGAACUCAUCUUCUGCAUUAUCAAUACAGGAUAUGCAGAAUGAGAUUUCUAGCUUAACGGAAUCAACAGAAAAACUUGAGGAGGAAGUUGAGCUAAGGCUAGACCAGAGAAACUCACUGCAGCAAGAGAUCUAUUGCUUGAAAGAGGAACUAAAUGAUCUGAACAUGAAGCACCGUUCAAUUUUGGACCAGGUACAUGAAGUAGGCUUGAAUCCAGAAUCCUUGGGAUCGUCAGUGAAGGAAUUGCAGGAUGAGAAUUCCAAUCUGAAAGAAACUUGCCAGAGGGAAAGUACUGAUAAAGCAGCUCUCCUGCUGAAAUUGGAAAUUAUGGAACAGCUUCUCGAGAAAAAUUCGCUCUUGGAGACCUCCCUUUCUGGUUUGAAUGCUGAACUAAAUGCUGUUAGAGGGAAGAUAGAAGAGCUUGAACAAUCUUGCCAAUCUCUUAUGCAAGAGAGAUCCAGUCUUCUCGAUGAGAAGGAGACUCUCACGACACAAUUGCAGGAAACAAACAAGAAUCUAGAGAAACUCACAGAGAACAACACAGUUCUAGAACUCUCCCUGUCUGAUGCACACCAUCAGCUUGAAGCUUUAAAGGCUAAAUCAAAAAUCUUGGAAGAUUCAUGCCAGUUACUUGUAAAUGAGAAAGCUGAUUUGAUGAGUGAAAAUGACAGUUUAACUUCUCAGCUGGAACAGACUCAGAGAAGACUGGUAGAUCUGGAGAAACUUCAUGGAGAACUUGAAGGAAGAUGUGAGAAUCUAGAAAAUGAGAAAGAAUUAACUCUUCGGAAAGUUGAAGAGUUGCAAGUGUCAUUGGAGGCAGAGAAGCAAGAACAUUCAUAUAGUAUCGAGAUGAACAAAGCUCGACUGACUGGGUUCCAAUCUGACAUGCAUGUUCUGCAAGAAGAACACAGAAGAAGAAAGACAGAACUCGAUCAUGUGCUUGAUAGUGCCAUUGCUAGUGAAAUUGAGAUAUUUGUGUUACGCACGACCGCCCAGGUGAUGAAAGAAAACUAUUGCUCCUUGGUCACAAAGAAUCACAGACUUAUUGAGCAGUCUAGUUUAUCGGAAAAGGAGAUCUCACGGCUAGAGCAUGACAAUCUCCGGCAGGAGUCUGAAAUCAGAUUGAUGUCAGAUCAUGUUAGUACCCUGAGAUCAGGGACUCGUCAGUUAUUGAAGGUUCUCAGCAUUGCUGAGGAUUGUGUCUCUGCGGAUAAUGUGGAACUAGACCAGGUUUACAUCAGCCAGCUAUCAAGUACACUCCGACAUUUGAAGAAAUCACUCUGUGACGCUGAUGAAGAAAAUCUGGAGUGGUCUGUUGCAUUCUCAGUUCUUGUCACAUGGAUUAAGGAACUGGGAUUACAUUCAAAGAAUGUCGAGGUGGAAAAGGGCAAACUAGAGCAUGAAUUCAAGCUGAAGACUGAGCAGGUGUUACAGUUGCAGAGUGAGUCUUCUACACUCCUUGAGAUGAAUGAAGAUUUAAAGUCAAAACUGAGGGAGGAAGACCGCUGUAAGGAAGCUCUGAUGAUCCAGAUUGAUAAUUUGAACUCAAAGCUAACAGACAUGCAAGUUACUUGCCAGGACUUACAAAGUGAAAAACUACAGAGUUCUGAGGAGAAAAGAUCUUUAAUGGAUAGUAUCAUGCACUCCGAGGAAAAACAUAAUCUUCUGGAAGAGGAAAAUUAUGUCUUAUGUGAUAAAGUGUUAGCUCUUGAGAACCUAUCCUUCAUUUUCCAAAGCUUCGCUGAAGAGAAACUUAGGGUGCUAAGAGAUCUUGGUGAUGAUCACAAUAAACUUAACGUGGUGAACACUGCCCUUAUUGGAAAGUUGAGCGUGGCUGAGGGCAGGCUUGAAGAGUCAAAACUCGAGAAUCUUCAUCUCAAGGAGUGGCUGCAGAAGACAGAUAAUGAGCUCAAGGCUGUAGCAACAGACAAAGAUCAGUUGAGUGUUGAGAUAGAAAAUGAAAAGAAAAUUUUGCAUCAGAUGGAACAAGAACUCCAGGAAGCAGGAGAAAAGAUAAUUCUAGCAGAGAAAAAGAAACUAGAGUUGAGUAAAAGUGUUGAAGACCUUAGAAUGGAAUACAAUGAGAUCAAAAUGGCCCGAGAGCAGCAAGAGAGUCAGAUUCUCAAACUCUCCACAGACGGUGAAAAUUUGAGCAAGAAGAAUAAUUUCUUAAUGGAUACUAUCAUGCAGUACGAGGAAAAACAUAAUAACCUGGAAGAGGAAAAUUAUGUCUUAUGUGAUAGAGUGCUCGCUCUUGAGAACCUAUCCUUGAUUUUCCAAUGCUUCGCCGAUGAGAAACUUAGGGUGCUAAGAGAUCUUGGUGAUGAUCACAGCAAACUUAAUGUGAUGAACACUGCUCUUAUUGGAAAUUUGAGCGUGGCUGAGGGCAAGCUUGAAGAAUCAAAACUCGAGAAUCUUCAUCUCACGGAGAUGCUGCAGAAGACAGAUAACGAGCUCAAGGCAGUAGCAACAGACAGAGAUCUGUUGAGUGUUGAGAUUGAAAUUGGAAAGGAAGUUUUGCAUCAGAUGGCACAAGAACUUCAGGAGGCUGGAGAGAAGAUAAGUCUAGCAGAGAAAAAGAAAAUAGAGUUAAGUAAAAGUGUUGAAGAUCUCAGGAUGGAAAACAAUGAGGUCAAAAUAGCUCGAGAUGAGCAAGAGAAUCAGAUUCUCAAACUCUCCACAGAUAGUGACAAUUUGAGAAAGGAGAAUAAUUUCUUAAUGGAUAGUAUCAUGCACUACGAGGAAAAACAUAAUGUCCUGGAAGAGGAAAAUUAUGUCUUAUGUGAUAAAGUGUUAGCUCUUGAGAACCUGUCCUUGAUUUUCCAAAGCUUCGCUGAUGAGAAACUUAGGGUGCUAAGAGAUCUUGGUGAUGAUCACAAUAAACUUAAGGUGAUGAACACUGCUCUUAUUGGAAAGUUGAGCGCGGCUGAGGGCAGGCUUGAAGAAUCAAAACUGGAGAAUUUUCAACUCAAGGAGAGGCUGCAGAAGACAGAUAAUGAGCUCAAGUCUGUGGUAACAGACAAAGAUCAGUUGAGUGUGGAGAUUGAAAUCGGAAAGGAAAUUUUACAUCAGAUGGCACAAGAACUUCAGGAAGCAGGAGAGAGGAUUAUUAUAGCAGAGAAAAAGACACUAGAGUUAAGUAACAGUUCUGAAGAUCUCAGAAUGGAAUACAAUGAGGUCAAAAUAACUCGAGAUGAGCAAGAGAAUCUGAUUCUCAAACUCUCCACAGACAGUGACAAUUUGAGCAAGGAGAAUAACUUCUUGCGUGAAGCAACUCAGAAGCUGGAGUCUAGUCUGCAGGUAUUGCAAGGUAAUCAUGAUAAGAUUAAGCUCCAAGAAGAGAAUCUGCAUUUGCAGCUGGACAAGAAAAUCAACGAGAUCAAUGAGUUGGAGGCUCGAGCUGUUUCUCUUUUCAGUCAAUUGCAACAUUCCAUGAUCAGUCAGGUUCUCUAUGAGCAGAAGUUUUAUGAGCUAUAUGAUGCAUGCCUUGGAUACAUUGAUCAAAAUGAAGGCCUCAAAAAUCAACUGGAUGCAUUUCGGCCAGAGAUUGUAUCAUUGAAGGAAUGUAUUUCAUCCUUGGAGGACCAAACUGAUAUACACAUAAAGUUUCAAAAUCCUGAAGACGGGAAUAUGCAGGAUGGUCAGGGCACAGGCAUUUCACCUGAAAGCAUUCGAAGUGAAGACAAGAAAGUGUUGGCGCCGGUUUCUGAUUUGCGUGAUCUCCGGGUUAGGCUUGAAGCUGUUGUGAAGGCAGCAGUCGAGAUAAAGGAUCUAAUGGUACAGGAGAACAUUGUUCUGCACUCCAAGCUUGACCAAUCAUUGAGGCAAAUCGAGUUGCUGCAAUCUGAAAGUGGGAAGCACCGUAGAAACAGGAGGCCUACUUCCGAAAUCACUGUGGAAGACAGUGCACUUUUGACAAAAGAUAUUGUUCUUGAUCAGGUCUCUGAUGGUUCAAACCGCUACAGCAAGAAUGAAGCCGCUGAUGUGGACAGCCAAAUCGUCGAGUUAUGGGAAACUGCAGAACCAGAUGGCACCGUGGGUCUCACCAUUGGCAAGUCAAAUAGAACCAUUCCUCCUUCCACCACCGCAACUUCUGAUUUCCGUCGUUCUAAAUCGAUGAGGAAACAGAAAGGCAGUUUUGCAGCCUCGUCCGAUGCACUCGAUGAGGACUUGAGCGUGGACAAAUUAGAGAUCUCCAAAAGAUCCACCAAUUCCUUUCAAGAAGGGAACAAGAGGAAGGUCUUGGAGAGGCUCGAUUCGGACGUCCAGAAACUGGCGAAUCUCCAGAUCACAGUCCAUGACUUGAAGAGGAAACUCGAGGUCACUGAGAAGGGCAAGCGGGGUAAAGCUGUUAUCGAAUGUGAGACGUUGAAGAGACAGCUGGACGAAGCUGACAGGUCCGUGAUGCAGCUGUUUGAUCUGAACGGCAGGUUGAUGAAGAGCAUCGAUGACAGGUCGUUCUCAGAUUCAAAGUCCUCGUUCGACUUUGAAGGCGAGGAUGGCGCCCGGAGGAGGAGAGUGUCGGAGCAAGCACGGCGAAUGUCUGAGAAAAUCGGGAGGAUACAGUUGGAAGUACAGAAGCUGCAGUUCAUUCUGCUGAAACUAGACGAGAACAACGGUGUGUCGAAGAUGUCAGACCGGAGAAUCUUGUUGAGGGAUUACCUCUAUGGAGGGGGCAGAGGGAGCCAGAGGCGUAAGAAAGGGCAUUUUUGUGCUUGUGUUAAGCCUUCAACACUUGAAGAUUGAGAGAUUGUUGAUUGUAUAAUAAUUUGAAAUUUUCAUAAAACUAUGCCAAAUUAUUCCUUUUUAUUUGCCUUAA